AAAAACCCCGACUCCUGCAUGUAGGAAUUUCCAUCCAAUAUUGGCGCGUCCUCAUCCGCCAGUCAUGAAGCGGAGCCGAUUUCAACACAUUCUUUUACGCGGCAAGCACGGCUCUAGGUUUCCUCAGCAGCGGCUGCCGUUCCCGCCUUUCCCAGCCGGCCUGAGGCGGCGCCGCUGCCCGACCACAAAUCCUCGCCGGGUAGGCCUCCCCUCCGCGCGCAUGCGCCGUAGCGCCAGGAAGCAAAAGGCAGGCCUUUCUUUACCACCCUCGCCUCUCGCCCUUCGCUGCCUCCGAGACGACGACGCGGCCGCCGCCAUGCCGAAGCUGAGCAAAGAGUCCAAGCAGCGCCUGCAGCACUUGUUCAAGGGCGGGCAGUUUGCCAUCCGGUGGGGCUUCAUCCCGGUAGUACUCUAUCUAGGUUUUAAGAGAGGUGCGGAUCCUGGAAUGCCUGAGCCAACCGUUCUGAGUCUACUAUGGGGAUGAAGGAGUUAACCACAGCAUUCUGGAAGCCGGCUGCUGAGCAGGAAAAAAAGAUGGAGAUGCAUGCAUUCCAAAGGCUAGGAAAAACAACACUGAGCUAUGCCACUGGCAAGCAGACUUCCCUGACAACAUGGAAUAUGCUUACAACAUAAUGGAAUUUCCAUCUGUCUAAUUUAUUUGUGUUACACUUUCAUUUUUUCCCUUUAGAAUAAAUAUUUUGUCUGAAAUUC